UAUGUUCAAUGUUAAGAUUUCAAGGUGCAUGCUGCAUCAUAUCCACCCGUCCCCCUUCUCUUUUCUACCAUAUUUUGAUGCUUUAAAAUCUUCUGCUAGUUUCUGCAGCACUUUGCAUUCAUGUAAUGAAUGAUGUUGCAGCUUGUACUUGUGCUUUGCAAAAGGCCGGCUAGAAGGCGAUGCAUCGGGCAGUAGGAAUCCGCACCUAUAUAUAUUUCUGCAGAAGAUUGUAGUAUUUCGGGUUCGUGUUUUCAGGAAAAUUUUGUUCAUCACGAUGUGUCAAUAUCCUCAAUUACAGUGCUGAUGGAUGUGAAUUGUAGGCCCUUGUUGAUAUACUCGCCACGAUGAAGCAAGGGACGCCACCGCCACCGCCACCAACGCCAGCAAGAAAAAACGAGUGCAAGCCUACUGCAAUGUCCAUGUCCACAACACCGUCUCGCCUCAGAACUUCCCCUAAACCCAAUAAGAACUCUCCUAAGUCGACACCGGAAGAAAAAACUAACCGUACAUCUUCGGCAAGAGCAGCAUCAAAGUCAGCAUCAACAUCUGCAAGGAGGAAUUCUGUGUUGAAAAUAUCCAAAUCCGGAGAGGAAGUUGUUGUGGGUCGGACCGGAAACAACCGCCAGGUUGUAGAGCAGUUUGUUCGGCCGCGGCCGCGGCGGUCCUCUGAUCCCGACUGUAGAAGUAACAAAAACGAGGAUGACCCAGAUGGGGGGAAGAGGAAGGAGUUGCUGCAGAGCGAGACUUCGAUGCAGAAUUCGCAGUCUGAGGUGUUGGCCUUGAAGGCAGAGUUGGAUAGGGCGCAGAGUUUGAACGCGGAGUUGCAGUUGCAGAAUAAGAAGCUCACACAUGAUCUUGCAGCUGCGGAAGCAAAGAUAGCAGCUCUUAGCUGUCGUGACCGCCAGAAGGAGGAGUACCAGAGCCCUAAAUUUAGAGAUAUUCAGAAACUCAUUACCGGCAAGUUGGAAUACUCAACUGUAAAAAAGGAGCCAAUCAAUGAGGCAAGUACUAUUCAAACAGCACCACCACUACCAAAACGUCCAGUUCCCAAGUUCACAGGUGUAGAAAGAAAGUCUCCAGUCUGUUCAUCCUGGCCCCCACCUCCACCACCACCACCACCUCUGCCCUCAGCCAGAGUGUCUACUACCACUCAAAGGGCUCCAACACUUGUAGAAUUUUAUCACUUAUUAUCAAGGCAAGAGGGGAGGAGGAGGGAUUCUCCAGGAUCUGGAAAUCAUCCUAAAUCAGCAGCUACUAAUGUACAUAGUAGCAUAGUUGGAGAAAUUCAAAAUCGUUCGGCUCAUUUGUUAUCUAUAAAGUCGGACAUUGAAACUAAAGGCGAGUUCAUCAACAGCCUUAUCCAGAAGGUGCUCGAUGCAGCUUAUACAAAUAUAGAAGAUGUCCUGAAGUUCAUUGACUGGCUUGACAAUGAACUAUCUUCUUUGGCUGAUGAGCGGGCUGUGUUAAAACAUUUUAACUGGCCUGAGAGGAAAGCUGAUGCCAUGCGAGAGGCUGCAAUUGAAUAUCGUGACCUUAAACUGUUUGAAAAUGAUAUUUCUUCUUAUGAAGAUGACCCGAACAUUCCAUGUGGAGCUGCCUUAAAGAAGAUGGCCAGCUUAUUAGACAAGUCCGAGCAGAGAAUAGAAAGGUUGAUCAAGCUGCGAAAUUCAGUUAUGCGUUCUUAUGAGAACUUUAGAAUUCCAACUGAUUGGAUGCUUGAUUCCGGAAUUGUGAGUAAGAUAAAGCAGGCUUCUAUGAAUUUGGCUAAGAUCUACAUGAAAAGAGUGACAUUAGAGCUUGAGUCCAUUCGGAAUUCAGAUAGGGAAAGUAAUCAAGAAUCUCUUCUGCUCCAGGGCGUGCAUUUUGCAUAUAGAGCUCACCAGUUUGCUGGAGGUCUUGAUUCAGAAACAUUGUGCGCUUUUGAAGAGAUAAGGCAGCAAGUACCAAGACAUUUUAGAGGGUCUCAAGAAUUGUUAGCCGGUGUGCCUUGAUCGUAACAAGCUGUGGGAAUACUGCCACGUGCAGUUCUCAGGAGAAUUAGCAUUUUUUCCCUUCGUAAUUCAAGUUGAUGCUUGCACGAACGUUUUCAAUAGCUACAACUAAACCAUGGAUCCUCUGGCUGAAAAGAGAUCGAGUUCCGAACACGCAAAAACUGGUAGCGAAUGAAAUGUUCACAGGAAUUUUGUGCAAUACUCUAGCAGAUGAGGGUAGUUCAAAUUGGAGAUAACACGGGCUCUUCAUCUUUCAAAGCUCCAUUUUACUGACUGAUGUAAUUCUGAAUUCUGUAAAAGAUGUCCGGCUGAUGUUACUAGGGGGGUAUAUAUACACAUUUAAUAGCCCUAUUAGGACUGCUUACUUUAAUUAGAUGUGCCCACAAGUUUGUUCUGACUAAAGGCUGUCUCCCAACCCAACAAUAAUUUCAGGGAGAAUUAGACCUUAGAUGGUAUAAACAAGUUAUUAUUGCAUUAAGAAUAACUAAUUUCUUCCUACUUGAUGUUUA